UGCGACACUUCCCUUCUUUGGGAAAAUACUUUUAAAUUUUAAUGAUUCUUCACCAAAUCUCAGUAUAAAUAUGCCACCAACCUCAGCAACUCUUCAUCCAAAGCUACUUCAGUUAUUCAUCUGUUUACCAAGAUUCCUUCAAUUCUUAGCUUUUAUUCAACCAAUUUUUUGAAGAUGGCCAAGAGAAAUGUUGCCGGUAAUUCUUCUUUUGAGAGGACCAGCUUGGCUUCUUUGGACCAAAAGUUGGCCAUGGCCAAGCGCUGUUCCCAUGAGGGAGUGAUGGCAGGAGCUAAGGCAGCCGUUGUUGCUAGUAUUGCCACUGCCAUUCCAACUCUGACCAGUGUAAGGAUGCUACCUUGGGCAAGAGCAAAUCUCAAUCCCACUGCUCAAGCUCUCAUAAUUUCCACAGUGGCGGGAGCAGCAUAUUUCAUAGUAGCAGACAAGACCGUUUUGGCAACAGCAAGAAAGAACUCCUUCAACCCACCCUCCAAUGCAUGAAUAUACCAAAUGCAUAACUUGGAUGUUGGAUUCAGCUGCACUACACUACAUUGGGCUAUCUUAGCAUUAAUUAACCCAAUCAUCGAACUCUAUAACAUAUGUAAAUGUAUCUAUAAUAAAGGAGGGUUUGCAUUUUAAUAGUGAGAGAGAACGUAUGUACCAAUGAUCAGUUAAUUAUAUGAAUGCAAAUCAUUCACUUUGCUUCUA